AUGCUGGCUUCGGCCAUGGGCGCACCAGUAGCGCGCCGCCUGCUGUCCACGAAGGAGGAGGUUGCGGUACAGUCGGCCAAGGGAGAGGCUGAGCAGGCGGCGGCGCAGUGGGUCCCCGGCUGGGCAGGCGCCGGAUGGGUCGCCCCCGGGUGGGUGGGCGCCGGUUGGGCUGGCGCCUCCGCGGCCGCCCAGGUCGGCCCCGGCUGGGGCUGGGGCGGCUGGGGUUAUGGGCCGUGGGGUUAUGGUGCCAGCACGUGGGUUCCUGGUGCCGGCACUUGGUACAGCAAGGGGCUCGGCGGUGCCACGGUCGGGGGGUUUGUGGAUGUUGGGCGGCGCUGA